GAGAUAAACGUGGCGCGUUUGUUACGCUGUGUGCACGACGACUAUAGGGACGACGACGACGACCAAGACGACGGCCAAAAGCAUUUUGUCUCGUCCAAUUUGACCCGGGGAGAUUUUUUUUUUUCGCCGCUGCCGCUGCCGCCACGGUUCGUCAGAUGAACGCUUGGUCGCGGCCAAUUUGACUUUUUGGGAGUGCGCCGUGCUCGUUCGCUCCGCCGUAUCGUCGGUACGACGAACGGUACGCGCCUUUUUGUCAUUUUGCACGUGCCCCAACUUGCCGUUUACGAUCCGGUUAAUUGGCACGGGCGCCGGUGGCCGGUUUUUAAUUGGGUGCGGAAGGCCGAUCGUCGACGGGGUCCGGUUGCGCGGGGUUGACGCGUCUCGAUUCGGCGGGGCGGCCGGUGCGACGGCUGAGGUGAUUCGGACGAUCGUGAUUUCCCUUCGGAUAGGUCGGAAAACAUGGAUACUGAAACGCAAGUGCAACAAUACGGCGAAGUCAACCAGCUGGGUGGAGUUUUCGUCAAUGGACGUCCGCUACCGAACGCGGUCAGGUUGCAAAUUGUUGAGCUGUCCCAGUUGGGAAUUAGACCUUGCGACAUAUCCAGGCAGUUGAGGGUCUCGCAUGGAUGUGUCUCCAAAAUUUUGGCUCGGUAUCACGAGACCGGCUCAAUUUUACCAGGUGCCAUCGGAGGUUCAAAGCCGAGAGUGACAACGCCCAAGGUGGUGGCGUACAUCAAACAGCUGAAACAAAAAGACCCCGGUAUAUUCGCGUGGGAAAUCCGCGAUCGGCUGUUGUCCGAUGGUGUCUGCGACAAGUACAACGUACCAUCCGUCAGCUCCAUAAGUCGAAUCCUGCGAAACAAGAUCGGCAGUUUGGUGCACACGUCCACGCAUUCGCACAGCCUCUACAACGCGAUCUAUCCGAGUUAUUCCAUCAGCCCCCGGAACUAUCCGUUGACGCCAGUCAAUCCGCCGGACAUCAUCACCCAGUUACCCCAUCAGAAGCUCGCCGGAACACCGCGUGCGCACAGCGGCAGCCACUGCAACUGGCCGAGUUCGCACAGUGUACACGACAUUUUGGCGGGUGUUCCGGUCACCGCGUUCCGGGGCACGCAUCCGGGCCAAACGGGACCGUUGCAGCCGCCUAACGGUUCGCCGCAAGGCAAUCCCCACGAACAGAACUAUUACAAUUACAUGUACCAUUUGCAAAGUGGCAAUUCAAUGCACAUGAUCAAUCCCGGACACGGACUGUCGCCGACCAGUCACAUUUAAGUGCGAGAUGUUAGUUUUGUGCGUUUCCGGGGGCUCACAAUACUCAAAAACCUGAUUACAUUUUAGGAACUGCCUGAACAGUCAUUCAGUCCGGAUAGAAUCGAUCCAUCGGACAAUCAGAUCUGUUUUUUCAUCGCAAUGUUGUGUUCUGGUCAAAAGUUAUACCGCGUUUUUGCUUAAGAAGCUUUAAAUAUGUAAAAUAUGUAAAUAUUAAGUAUAAGUAACAUUGAUAUGUCCCUUAAUAUAUGUUGUGCCUUUUACGGUAAUAUAAUUUAUUUAAUUGUGUAUCUGGUUUAUUUUUAAAAUGCAAUUUUCAAGUAUUUUUAGAAAAUUAAAAAGUGUAUGCGUAUGUAAAUUUGAAGUAUUUUAUUGCAAUAAAAUUAGA